AUGACACGGACUGGAAAAUGGGGAUGUAGACGGAUCGAGAACGCGGGAGAGAAGGAGACAAAGGGUCCCGUGUUCUGGCGCCAGGGCACAAAAGCAGCUGCAGAAACCUUCACUUCUCUCACUUGGCCAAGCUGCUCUGUUGUUUACCUGAAAGACGUCAGUCAUUUGUCUGUUCCCUUUGAUGUCCAUCACUCCUCUGCCUCUGGUGUAAAGGGACAUGCCAGCCAGUCGUCGGUCUUUAACCCAGUCGUUGCUCCAAAGACCGGCUGUGUCGUAGAGUCUGCCUUAAUUGCCUGCUCGGGACACCAGUCGGCUGGACGGACACCGCGACGACUACCAACCGGGCCGAUGAAGGGGACAGUUUUGAUGGCCCUCGGCUGCGAUCAGAUGCCUAGGCUGGCCUCGGAGUCGGUAGGGAUCAAGCCAUCGGGUCUAUUCACGAACUAG